AUGGACUCGGUCGAGCUGAGCCGGAUGGACUCGCACGACGACUCGGUCAAGGAAGCUUUCGGCGCGAAGGCGGAGGCAUACACCGUCACGAAUGGUGCGUCGCCUGCGACGUUCGCAUUGGCCGCGCACGGCAUGGAACGCGUGGGCGUCACCGUGUGGAUGCUGACCAUGUGUGCGGCACUGUGUGGGUCACUGUUCGGCUACGACACGGGCUACGUGUCGUCGGUGCUGGACUUUGGGCAUGUGCUGAGCGACGGCACAAAGCAGCUCAUCACGUCCGCCACGUCGCUGGGCGCCCUGAUCGGCGCGCUCAGCGCCAUGAUCCCGUCCGAGUAUCUCGGGCGCCGCUGGUCCAUGGCCAUUGCGAAUUUCGUGUUCAUUGUGGGUGCGAUUAUCCAGGCGGUCGCGCACAGCGCAUGGACGCUCAUCGGUGGCCGCUUCGUCGUGGGCGUCGGCGUCGGCAUCGCCUCGAUGAUUGUGCCGCUGUGGAUCAGCGAGCUGGCACCGGCGCACCUGCGCGGACGCCUCGUCACCCUGAAUAUCGUGUUCCUUACACUCGGCCAGCUCAUCGCCACGGGCGUCGGCGCCGGCUUCGAGAACAUCUACGGCGGCUGGCGCUACACGGUGGCGGGCGGCGCGAUUCCCGCGAUUAUCUCGCUCCUGACCAUGGCAUGGCUUCCCGAGUCGCCGCGCUACGACAGCCGGCGUGGACGCACAGAGCGUGCGAUGCGCACGUUCCAGCGCAUCUACCCCCACGCGUCCGAGGCGUACUGCCGCCGCCGCGCCGAGGAGCUCACCCUGAGUCUCCAAGAGUUUGACACUCGUGUCGCACACACGCCCCUCGCGCGCCGCAUUCGCCUGUUGUGCAGCGGAACGCACGCACGCGCGCUGGUCAUUGCGUGCGGCCUGCAGGCGCUCCAGCAGCUGUGUGGCUUCAACACGCUCAUGUACUACAGCGGCACCCUCUUCCAGGCGAUCGGCUUUGACCAGCCCGUGGCCGUCUCGCUGAUUGUCAGCGCGACCAACUUUCUAGCGACGCUCGCGGCGCUCCAGCUGAUCGAUAUGAUCGGGCGCCGCCGCGUGCUGCUCUACUCGGUGCCCGGCAUGUGUGGCGCACUCGUCUUUGCGGCCAUCUGCUUCGCGUUCCUCCCGGUCCAGGCGAAUGGCGAGCUGGCGGCCGACAUCCCGUCGGGCCGCCGUGUGUGGACGUACCUGGUGAUUGUGGCCAUCAUCGUGUAUGUGCUAUUCUACGGCUUCGGGAUCGGGAACGUGCCGUGGCAGCAGGGCGAGCUCUUUGCGAUCGAGACGCGCGCGAUCGGCACGAGCAUCGCGACGGGCGUGAAUUGGGCAUGCAACCUGCUCAUUGGCGCCACGUACCUCUCGCUCGUUGGGGCAGCGACGUCGAGUGGCGCCUUUGGCUUUUACGCCGGACUCUGUGCGCUUGGCUUUGUGUUUUGCCUGUUUUGCUUCCCCGACACGCGCCAGCUCUCGCUCGAGGAGGUGCACGUCAUCUUCCGCGAUUCAUGGGGCAUCCGCGCCGCCGAGCAGCUGCGCGCCGACAAGGCGCGCGUUGCUGCCGAUGCGCGCGCGCGCGACGCGAUCGACCCGCUGACGAUGGACGCGCACACGGUCGGAUCGUCGACGGCCCGCCUGCCGCGCACGCCCAGCGUGCUCGAUAUGACGACGACACGCACCCUUGUCGACCCGCUCGAUGACGGGCCGUGCGCGCCGCGGGCGCCGGUGGAUGCGCGGCGCAUGAACGGUGCGACACCGGCGGCGCUCCCGUUCAGCCUGCCGAGCGACCUCGAUGGGCCGCCGCUCCUGGGCGCGCACGCAAUGUCGAUGCGCCGCUCAGCGUCGCUCUCGCAGAUCCGGCGCUCGGAUGAGCCCAUCACGCUGCCGCCCGUCGACGUGGAUGGCCCGCGCUCGAAUGUGCUCUCAAGUCGCUUUGGGCUCGAGGGCACGCCGCUGCUCCUGUUCGUGACGUGCUUCGCGAGUCUCGGCGUGUUUAUGUUUGGGUACGACCAGGGCGUGAUGAGCGGCAUCAUCACGCACCCCACGUUCCAGUCGGACUUUCACGAUCCCAGCGCCGCGCAGCUCGGUACGAUGGUAGCCGUGCUCGAGAUCGGCGCGCUGAUCACGUCGCUGCUCAGUGGUGUGCUGGCCGAUCGCUACGGGCGCAAGGCGAUCCUGAGCGCCGGUGCGCUGUUCUUCAUGGUCGGUGGCCUGAUUCAGACGUGCACGGUCGGCUACCGCAUCAUGGUCGUCGGACGCAUUAUCGCGGGCCUGGGAAUCGGGUUCCUCACGAUGAUCGUGCCGACGUACCAGAGCGAAGUGUCGCCAGCCGAGAACCGCGGCAAACUGGCGUGCAUCGAGUUCACUGGCAACAUCAUCGGCUACAUGGCCAGUGUGUGGAUGGGCUACGUGUGCAGCUUCCUGCAGAACGGCUGGGCAUGGCGCCUGCCGCUGGCUGUGCAGCCCUUGAUCGGCGGCGUGCUGCUCUAUGGAGCGACGCUGCUACCAGAGAGCCCAAGGUGGCUCUGCGACGUGGAUCGCGACGCGGAGGCGAUGCGGGUGCUCGUGGACCUGAACGGCACGGCCGAUCCGCGGCACGCCCGCGCCAAGCUCGAGUUCUGGGAGAUCCAGACGACGGUGCGGCAGAUGCGCGCACAGGGCGACCGCUCGUACCGCGCGCUGUGGCAGCGGCUGCGUGCGCGCACGCUCCUGGGUAUGUCGUCGCAGAUGCUCGCGCAGCUGAAUGGCAUCAACGUCAUCUCGUACUAUGCGCCGCUCGUGUUCGAGAGCGCAGGCUGGGUCGGGCGCGAUGCCCUGUUCAUGACGGGCAUCAAUGCGACGGUGUACGUGCUGUCGACCGUGCCGACGUGGUUCCUCGUGGACUCGUGGGGCCGCCGGCCGAUCUUGCUGUCGGGUGCCCUGCUGUGUGCACUGACACUCGGCGCAUGUGGCCUGUUCCUCCGCGCCGACCGCGCGUACACGCCGACGGCCGUGGCCGCAUGCGUCGUGCUCUUCAAUGCGGCGUUCGGGUACUCGUGGGGCCCGAUCCCCUGGGCGUGGACGCCCGAGAUCAUGCCGCUGGCCUUCCGUGCAAAAGGCACGUCGCUCGCGGCGGCCACCAACUGGGUGUUCAACUGGGUCGUGGGACAGCUCACGCCCAUCCUGCAGGAGACGAUCGGGUGGCGCCUGUACCUGCUGCACGCCGUGUGCUGCCUCGUCUCCUUCGGAGUCGUAUACGCACUGUAUCCCGAGACACAGGGCGUGCCGCUCGAAGAAAUGGACGCCCUCUUCGGCGACCACCACGCACCCGUUCCCCACGAGGACGUGGACACGGGCGAAAUCCGCGCGGCGGACAGCGAGAUGCCGCGCCUGCGCCGCUCGAUCAGCACGCACCCCCGCUUCCUGAACGAGUCGGGCCCCUUUGGAUCCGCGCGCACCGACUACGAGGCGGUGCCCGUGCAUCCGAUGUCAUAG